UUUACUCACAUGGCAAGCAUGCUGGAGAUUUGAGUCAUAAAUUGACAAUUUUCCAGUCGUAUUUUUGCCUAUUUGUUGUACGAAAUGAAUUGAUUUCGUAGCUCAUCAUGGAGAACAAUACGAUUAUUUUUGGCGACUUUACAGAAGAAGACAUACUUGUGUAUUUUUCUGAUGAAAUUGUAAAAUCAAGCGGUACUGAAUUUCCUGAAGAUUUUCAUAUGUACAUUUUAAGCACAACAUUAAGCGGGAAAGAUUGCUCUCGAGAGGCCUUGGAUAUUUCAAAUAAAGUUGAAUAUGCAAACAUCAAUACUGGCUUGGAUGAUAAAAGGAAAUUGGUUGAAACUUUUACCUCAGAAAUGGGAAGGGUACCAAACGAAUUUAUGGAAAGCCGAAUUGCAACAGACGUCGAUAAAGUAAGUGGAAAUAAUGAAGUUUUAUGUUCUGUGGACGAAAGUAUUUUACCGGACAUAUCUAAUUCUAAUACUUCCUUGAUUGACAAUAAGCAAAAUUUAAAUUCUGAUGAUACAAAUAUCAGAUCAGAAAAUGUUUCAAACGAGAACAAUGGUUCUUUACUACCAAAGGCUGAAAACAGCCUCCCCUCACUGACUCCUACUUCAGCAGAAAGUAACAACAGUCCAACAAAUGUUGUUACGGUUGGGACAAAAACAAUGUUAACAACCUCAACUAGAACUGUUGAGUCUCGAAAUGAGGGGGUAAAAAGCUCUUGGGCGGACCUCUUUAAGACAAAAUCCACUUCCAAGCCACAAGAUCCACUACCUCAAGUGAAAUCAAAGCCACAACAACCAGAACAAAGUACUGAAGAGGACAGUUUAUCAAAGACAGAUCAAUUUCAGCAGUAUUUUUCGGAUGUUCUGAAGCGAACCUCUUUGACUAAUCAGGUUCCGUCGUUGCAACCUCGUGGUCUAAAGAACAAUGGUAAUUGGUGUUACAUCAAUUCAACCCUACAAGUUCUUUUAUUCUGCCCAUCAUUUUACCAUUUCCUUGCAAAAUUUAAACUUAAAGCUGAACGUGGUACAAGCUUGACACCAAUAUUGGAUGCACUUGUUCUGUUUGUCAGCCAGUUUAGUGAAAUGCCUCCCCAACAAUCUACAGCAGGUAGAUCUCGUGAUUGGAACAAGCAAGAUGUUGUGAUGGGUAUGCCAUUUGAACCAAUAUAUGUGUAUAAACUAUUAUGUCAAGUAAAAACAUCACUCUCACAACAAGGAAAACAAGAAGAUGCAGAAGAGUUUCUUAGUUGUAUCUUGAAUGGCUUACAUGAGGAGAUGGUGCAACUCAACUCUGCUGGAAAUAAAACUCAGCCAGAAAAUCCUAUUACCUCUACAGUUGAAGAUCAGGCUGUUGGUGACUGGGAACAAGUUGGUCCACGGAACAAGUCAACAAUCACACGAAAAGCAGCCAUGUCUAAGUCCCCAAUUGCUGCCAUGUUUGGUGGCUAUUUGAGAUCAUCAUUGCUUCAACCAGGGCUGAAGGAAUCUGCUAGCAUCCAACCAUUUUUCACCAUUCCGCUGGAUCUUCGAGGAGAGGUGAGCACAGUUCAGCAGGCAUUUGAUCAUUUCUUCAGAGUUGAAGAAGUUGAAGGUUUUCAGUGUGAUAAAAGCAAGACUGAAGUUGAAGUCUCAAAGAAAUGGACACUAGAUACCUUGCCAAUCGUGUUAGUGUUGCAUCUCAAAAGAUUUGUUGUCAAUAAGAAUGGUUGUGAGAAACUCACCAAGAAGAUAACUUACGAUGCUCAGCUUCAAGUUCCUAUGGAAACAUUAUCCAAGAUGACAAAGCUUCCAACUAAGAACAUGUUAUCCUAUAAACUAUUUGCAGUCACUUAUCAUCAUGGCAAGAAUCUACAUGGUGGACAUUACACUUCAGAUAUUUCUCAUCCAUCAGUUGGUUGGCUACGGGCAGACGACAUGAACGUCAGAACUGUUCCACCAAAGUUUGUAUUCAACCCUUUGUCAAAUAGAGAUCCUUAUUUAUUGUAUUACUGUCGUGGAGAUAUUUAAGAUGUAAGAAACCAAUCAAGAUUCAAGCGUGCUUGUGAACAUCAGUGGUUGGGGUUUUACAGGACUAAUUUUGACCACAUGCGAUGAACACUUCUAGUAAGUGGUUCAGAACAAUGAUUAAAAUGCUGAUUAUUGGGUCAUUUGACUCAUUUCAGAAAAUUUCCACCCUCCCCUGCCAUUUUGCAAUACUGAAAGUUUCUCUUCAGACAUAAAAUGUUUUUUGGUGGGAGUCU